CUCAUUAACUGCAGCCUAAAUGUAAUUCUGUCGAUGUUAAUUACAAUUUAUAAUAAAUAGUAUUGAAACUUCAAUUGUGUUUUUAUUUAAAACAUGAAACAUGGUGUCUUAUAAGUGGGAUACAAAUAAAUUCAAGUGCGUGAGUAAUAAAUUAACAUAAAAAUGUGUUAUAACAAUGAGUGAGUCGGAAGAUGAAAACGUGCUUCAACAAACUGAACAAAGGACUGUGUCUAGAAAAACUGAAAAUUUCACAAUGGUUCCAUGCAAUCUUCAGAAUUUUAAUUUCGAGGGCAAUUUAGCCGAAAAUUGGAAGCACUGGUAUCAGAAAUUUGAGAUUUAUCUCUUGGCUUCUAACCUAAAUUCUGAAAAUGACGCUAGGAAGGUUGCUCUACUACUACAUAAUUUGGGUGACAAAUGCAUAGACAUUUUCAAUUCGUUCAACCUCUCAUCCGAAGAUGCAAAAAAGUACGACGUGGUGGUAAGUAAAUUUGAAAACCAUUUCUCGCCUAAGAAAAACCUCACGGUUCUGAGACAUAAAUUUCUAAAUAGGAAACAGCUGCCAUCUGAAUCCAUCGAUAGUUUCUAUACAGACUUAGUUAACUUGAGCCUCGCUUGUGAAUUUGACUCUGUCCGCGAAAGUCUUGUUUGCGAUGUCUUAAUAUCAGGGCUUAACUCUCAAAACCAGAAUGUCAGGGAACGAUUAUUGAGAGAGCCGGAGAUUAACUUGGAGAAGACUUUAGCAAUCUGUAAAGCUGCUGAACUGUCUAAACAACACAUCAGAGAACUUGAAGCAGAACAUAAUGUCUAUACAGUAAACGUCCAUAAGCAACGAGAGAGGGGUUACCAACAACCACAAACGUUCAGACAGAAACAGGUUCAUCAGGACCAACGGAACAAAUUUCAUCCACCAUCACAGCAGAAAUCAACUGGGACAGGAAGCCCAUUACUGCUGCUCCUUUAAGAUUACAGCGAAUGAUGCUAAAAGUUCAACGCUAUGACUUAAUUGUUGUAUACAAGCCAGGUAAAUUGAUGUAUAUAGCUGAUACACUGUCACGUGCAGCACUUCCAGUUGAAGGUAAAGAAGAUAUUGAUGUUUUAGAUGAGGACAUCAUUUGUGAGGUAAAUAUGUUAAAAUCUUAUCUUCCCGUGUCUGAAAGUAAACUAAACCUGCUAAGAGAAAAAACCAGUUCAGAUGAAUGUCUAGGUAUUUUAAAGAUGUAUAUAUCUAAAGGUUGGCCUCAAAAGCCUGAAGUCAGUAAUAUGGUUUUACCAUUUUGGAGUAUUAAACAUGAUCUUCAUGUUGUAGAUGAUCUUGUUUUCAAAAAUCAAUCUAUUGUUGUACCUAGUUCACUUCAUAAAAUGAUGCUUGAAAGUUUGCAUUGUGGCCAUGUAGGAAAACAAACAUGUGAGAUUAGGGCACGGAAUUUAUUGUAUUGGCCCACCUUACAUAAGGACAUUGAAAGUUUUGUAAAUAAAUGUAGUGUUUGUGCUAAGUUUAAGCCUAUGAAUGCAAAAGAACCGUUGUUGUUUCAUGAUGUACCAGAUUUGCCUUGGCAUAAAGUGUCAGGUGACAUUUUUGAGUUUGAUAACCAAUAUUUUCUUGUACUAAUGGACUAUUAUUCUAAAUAUAUUGAGUUAGUAUCUUUGUCAGACAUUACUUCAAAAACUGUAAUCGAGAAAUGCAAAUCAAUAUUUGCUCGCCAUGGAAUUCCUGUUACUUUAGUAGUUGAUUCAGGAAGUCAAUUCACUUCUAACGCUUUUCACGAGUUUUCUGUGUUGUACGAUUUUAAGCUAGUGAUAGUUAGUCCAAAACACUCUCAAUCUAAUGGUCAAGCUGAGUCAGGUGUCAAAAUAGCGAAAAACUUACUGAAGAAAACAAAAGAAUCUAAGUCUGAUGUGUAUCUUGCAUUGUUAAGUUAUCGUAACACUAGUAAACAAUAUCAACCUUCACCAGCAGAGUUAAUGUUUAGUAGAAAACUCAAUGGCCUAUUGCCACUGUCUAAAAGUAGUUUGCAGCCUAAAGUAACAAAACCUAACAAAAUUUUGUCAGACAAGAGAAAAGAUUGUAUUAAAAAGUACUAUGAUAGAAAUAGCAAAGAGUUACCCUCUUUAAAUGUAGGAGACAAAGUGUAUUUUAAGAAAACUGUUGAUUCACCUUGGACAGCAGGAAAAGUUGUAGAAAAAAAUAGAAUCCCCAGAUCCUAUGUUUUGUCUGAUGAGAAAGAUAAAAUGUUUGUAAGAAAUAGGAAGAUGAUUAGGCCAGAUUUGUCUAAUGAUACAGGUAAUGAAACCAUAAUGCCUGAAACAAGUCCUAAGUCAGAUUCACAAAUCAGUUUGUCAGGUACUAAUGGUAAUAGCCUUAUUUCUCCGCAAAGUAGUCCAGUGUUGUUUCAAAGACCAGUAGGCCUAACUCCUAGAAUUUCAUCAGAAGAACAAAUUGUUAAAAGUUUCGAUGGUUGUGUAAGCCGAAAGGGUAGAUUGAUAAGAAAUCCAAAGCGGUUGUCUUAUGAUUAGGUUUUGGUGUAUAUUUUGUUAGACUUGAAAGGAAAAUGUUAAAGUUGUAUUUUGGAAAGUUAAAAUUUUCAAUUUUGUAAAAGAGAGGGGAUGUUGAUAUAUGUAUAUAGUGAAGUCCAUGUUUAGAGGUAUUACUCUUUGGUCUUUGUGUAUUCUCUUUUAAGUGUACUUGAUU